UCAGGCUGGGCGUAAAUGAGCUGGCCCUGGAGAAGAGACUUCCCCCUCUUUCGGCACAACCCCAUUGCUCAAUCUGUCACACAGCCUCCGUCUUUGGGUGGGGAUUGUGGAGGAACUGCAGAGCUGCAGGCAGCCCGUCUCCCCUUCCUGAAGCCCCUGGAGCCUGAGGCCAUGUGGCCAGCCCUGAUUCUGCUGGCCCAGCUCCUGCACAGAGCUUUCCCAACAGAGACGCUGGUCCCAGUUCAAGCAGAAUCCACAACAUUGAACGCAGUGCCAGCCAAGAGCAAGCUGCCCCUGGAGAAAUGCCGGGAAGGGGAAUCCCAACAAGACAGCUGUGUCUGCCUUAAGGAAUUCCAGAUCUGCCAGCCCCUCCAGCUCUCUGCCUGGGUGGACGCAUCCAUCAUCCUGCCCUGCGACUUCACUUACCACCAGGACUGGGAGCCAUCCAGCGAUGUCCAGCUGCACUGGCGCUUGGGAAGUUUUCAUUCCACGAACUUCUUGUUCAACUACAGCAGCAGAAAGCAGUACACACACCCCAAUUUCCAUGGGCGGGUCUCUUGGGUGGGGAACGACAGACAGACCGACACAGCUUCGAUUCAAAUCGGGGCUCUCAGGGCGUCUGACUCCCUGCUUUAUUUCUGCCGUGUUUCCGUGAUGACAGGUGAUAAAAGGGAGGAAUGGCAAACCAUCAAUGGGACCAACCUGACGGUCACAGCUUCGCCCCCGUCCCCCGGCCUCCACGUGGGGGUGCCAACUGGGGCAGCCCUGCUUGCAGCUGCUGUCACCCUGGGCCUGGUGGCAUUCCUCGUCGCCCGCAGAAAAGGUCAUUGCGGAAAGCGAACCCGGAGCAGGCGAGCCGCCAGCCGAGGCCAGGGCCGGCAAGAGGCCGAGCGCCACGAGGGCCCCCCCAGAGGCGCCAGCGCCCCCCGCCGGGAAGACGACGACGCGCAGCCUCCCCCGCGAGUCCUCUCGGCUCCCGGGCGGGAGCCGGACCUGGUCUACGCCGCCUUGCUGCUUUCCGACGCCCUGAAGAAGGCGCCGCCGAACAAGGCCCGGGACGCAGAGGAGGAGACGACCUACGCCUCCGUCCGGCACUGA